ACUGUCGUUUGUGUCGUCAGCAUGUGAUUACAAAUUACGUACAGAGAAACGGAUUGUCCUGUUAAGAUCCGAAUCUUUUGUUUGCUAGCUUCCCUACUGGCGAGUUGUGUAGAGAUGUGCACCCAAACGAAAGCAGCCGCCCGAAUGGUAAACAUCCCUCAGACAGACAUCGAUCCCUCCGGCGUGUUUAAGUACAUCCUCAUCAGAGUACACAGCAGGGAGGAGGGAGACGAUACGGAGGUCGAUAUAGUUAGGGGAUACGGUUGGGCAGAGUACCAUGUGGAUAUCUAUGAGAAGGUUUCAGAGGAGCUUGAAAAUGAUGGACUCCUGGACUGUGAGUGUGUAGGAGGCGGCAGGAUCAGACAUGAUGCCCAGGCCAAGAAGAUCCACGUUUACGGAUACUCUGUGGGGUUUGGAAGAGCAAACCACGCAGUGACAACUGAGAAACUGAAGGCUCGAUAUCCAGACUAUGAGGUGACCUGGGAUAAUGAAGGGUACUAAAAUAAAUUGUAACAAAAAUAUACAUCACACUUCUCCGCUUGGUUUAAAUUUAGCAAUAUAAUCAUAAACCAUUUUAUCAUUGGCUUUUUAAAUACCAUUUUUGUAUUCUCAUAUUAUUACACAUGUUAUGGAAAACUCACUUUUUGAUUGGUUUAUACACAUAUUUGCCUCUCUGGACUGGCUGCCUGACCACCAAGUGUGAAAUUCCACAACCAUGUUAGCUGCUCAUGUCAGAAAAUGUGUCUUUCAGCAAGCCAGUCUGAUUUUGUGGGACGUAACGAUACAGCUGAUUUAAAUGUACUGAACCCCACAAUGAAUUUCUCCACACAUGACUUGGAAGCUCCCUGAACUGAGAUCCGCAGUUUUCACUUCUGGCACACAACUAAACCCCAGGCCGUCACAUGUGUCCCACAGAAUACAAUUACUGCCGUUUACUGUGAGAUCACAGAGGAGAUUAAAGUCUAAAAUAUCAAGCAGUAUUAGUGAUAAUGUUACCUGAAAAGCAUUAACUAUCAUUGACGACCUGCUUUGCAUACUUUUUUUAAUUUUAUGCUGUUUGGUUUUAUGUUAUAUUUCAACAAUUGAUUGUGUUAGAGUGCAAGUGUGUGUGAGUCAUAUGACUUCAUCUAUCACAUCCUCGUUUCUCACUGCCUCCAAAAUGUGCACACGGCAGCUCAAGAGUUUGCUCGCAGGUGCGCACAUUGGCCCAAAUUGUUUUUUAUGUCACAGACGUGUUAUUAAGACACCUAGGAACUGUUUUAAUCUGUGAAACAAUGGCAUGAUGUCAGUAUUUAGUUGAAGUUUGAUCAUAAACUAAACACAUGAUGGCAGUGUUUAGUUCAGUGACAGUAAGACUUUUGUUAUUGACAUUUCAACAUGAGAUCAAUCAAUUGGUUAUUCGAUAUGAUUCUGGUUAUGACAGUUUAACAAGACUUUUUGUGGGUGUACAGACAAACUUUGGCUGGGUUUGUAGACUGAGAAAGUUUAAAUAAACAGAAGGAAAAUUGAAAUGGAUGCAUUGAGUAUGUGUAUGUGAAUGUGUUGUGGAUGGGAUCAUGAAGGAUGACUUCCUCCAAAUUCUUCAACUUAACUUCAAAUAAACAGCUAGUACCUCACAUAAAAAUGAAUACAAAUGUACUUAGUUAAUUUAGAAGAAGAUGGCAUGGGAUGGUGUAUUUGUUUCAAACAUGCUUAAUUGAGGAACAUCACGUGGUUACAUUUGCACCAUUCAACAUGACCAAAAAGGAGGUGGAAGAAGCAGAAUUUUUUAAAUGCGACAUUGCUACUCCUUCUCCUUUUAUCUUUUACUGACAAUUCAUUCAUAUCUUCACUUCCGGUGUAAAAAAAAAUUAAAAAAAAAUUAAAAAGCAAAUACAGUUGCCACGUCACGGUUCGAAUUUUGCCACUUUACUCUAUCACGCUUUUUCCAUAAAUAUUAAUUAAUUCAUGCUGUUUCUUGGUUGAAUACAGCCUAUCAUUAGUCUAAACAUGUGUAUAUUUAACACAUUUCACAUCUUUCUUGCCCAAAUUAAGCAUUUUCAAGCAUAAAAAUGGCUAAAUUAACUAAAAUACAAUUAUAAGGCAUUCUGAAGACGUGAAACAAUGUAGCAUUCCACACUGGCCACUAUGUGUCAGCAAUUCCAAAAAUCGUUUGGAACAACAGGCUUUUAUUACAGGUUUCAAUUAUCUUGCAACAAGCACAACAAUAAGCACAACAAUAAUAACAUAAUCAUCCUCAUAAUAAUAACACAGGCUACAGUUACGGCCAUAAUUCACUCGAAGCUUAAAUUAAACGCUGAGCCCUUGACGUCACUUCCUGUCCUGUCAUGUAUUGCAACACACGAGUCUAUGUCUUAAAUGGCAUAUUUUUGUCUUAUUAUGUUUACUAUAUUGGGUAAUACAAGUGUAAAGUUGACUGUGGGGUGUCUACAGGCAUCUGGUUAUGUUAGUAA